AUGUCUAGCUCUCCGGCGUCGUGGGACUGCGACGGCAGCGGCAGCGCGUCGACCACCUUCGCCGUGAAGGAGACCGGGUGGCAUGUCUUCCAGGCCGAGUACUCUGAGUUCAAUGGCAUCGGCGCCAUGAGGCACAUCAAAUCGAGCACCUUCUUCGUCGGAGGGCACAGCUGGCUUAUCACGUUCUUCCCCGACGGUUUGAGCGAGGAUGUCAACAAGGACUGGAUAUGCUUCGGCCUCCACCUUGAAAAGCGUGGUGCGACCGGCAGCGGCGUCGGCGGCCGCGAGGUCACGGUACUGGCCAAGUUCAGCUUGCUUGAUGAGGCCGGAGAUCCAUCUUACACGAAAGCUGACAAGUUCACCUUCGCAAGAACAUUUGAAUCCUUGGCGCUCCAGCGGUUCAUUCGGAGGAAGGAAUUCGAGUCAUCCUAUGUAAGAGACGGCAGGUUCAGCGUAAGGUGUGAUCUCUCGGUGGUCGAGAAGGUGUGCACCGAGGUGUUGGUGCCGCCGCCGGAGCUGCACCGGCAUCUCGCCGACCUCCUCGCCAGCGGCAUUGGGUCGGACGUGACGUUAGAGGUCGGCGAGGAGGAGUUCAAGGCGCAUAAGAGCAUGCUCGCCGCGCGGUCGCCGGUGUUCAAGGUGGAAUUCUUCGGCGGCCCGUUGAUGGAGAACACCGGCGAUCGUGCCAAGAUCGACGACAUGGAGCCGAGGGUGUUCAAGGCCUUGCUGGGCUUCAUCUACACCGACUCGUUGCCGGAGAUUGAGCCCACGGAAAGGGUAGUGAUGGCUCAGCAUCUGCUUGUUGCGGCGGACAAGUACGACAUUCAGAGGCUCAAAUCGAUCUGCGAGUACAUUCUCUGCACCUACCUCAACGCAAGUGUAGCGGCGACUACGCUUGUGCUUGCUGAGCAGCAUCGAUGCCAUCGGCUCAAGGAGGCAUGCUUAAGGAUACUCAAGUCCCCGGACAAUAAGGUGGCUCUGGGGUGCGAUGACUGCCAGUAUUUGUUAGGCAUUUUCCCCUCUCUUCUCAAGGAACUGCAUGAGACUGCCCAAAAUACCCCUCACUGCCCUUUCGUGACCUCAGCAGGAGAUGGGCCCGGAGCGGGGCCAUGGUAG